AUUUGAGACUCGGGAGUUGAGAAGUGAGCGAGUGAGUGACCGCAAUGUGUUAAAGAAGAAAGAAGAAAGAAUGAAAGAAGAAUAAAGAAAAAGAGUAAUUGCGAUUUUUAUCUUACCGUUUAAAACAAGCGGUUGAUUUGCAUUUAAAUGAAAUAAAGAGAUACUCAAUGGCCACGAAUGAUUCUUUACGGUUCUCCCCGGCGGAACGGCCCGUAAUUUUAGCAGCGCUCGAGGAGUUCACGAAUGCGUUAGCCAUUUACCACGGAACGCUGAGAAAGCCCACGAGACACGAUAACGAUAUUCUUGUCGACUGUUUACCUUUUGAUGACUUGAAAGCAAUAAAUCCCAAAAUGGAAAUUAUGGAAAUCGACGAUGUUAAAGAACGAGACAUUUCGAAGAAAAUUCAUGAAAAUAGUUUAUACGUGAAAAGAAUCAUGGAGAAGUUGAAAAUAGAAAUACGAGAACGAGGGACGUUCGAAUUAUUAACCGAAGAGAUCGAAAAGAUCGUGACACGCGAGAAAAAAGAGGAGUGUUUUUUCAAAGAGGAAGAGAAAUUGAGAAAAAGUACAGCAAAAUUGCAAAGGAUAAUCGAUGAGAGGAAGAUUGUUAACGAGCAGGAGAAAAUACGAAUGUUGAACGAGCUCUCAAAGGAACAGGAUAACGUGGAAAAAUUAAAAUUAAUCUCGAACAUGGAGUUGGAUUAUGUUACGGAAUGGGAGAAAGCAAGAUACGAGCAGAAUUCAUUGCGUUGCAACAUGGAAAUAGAAAAAUUGGAGAAGAUGUUAAAAGAUCAGCGCGUACGUGAAAAAAAUGAACGGCGAGUUCACGCCGAAUUAACAAAAUUUCUGACCCAGGAAACAGCAUUACUAGAGAAAAAAAACAAAGAAUGGAAAGAGCGAUAUAUUCAAGAAAAAAAGAUCUACGAGAAGGAGAUCCAACAGUUACGAAUUGAAAUAAAAAUAAUUCAAAAAGAGAUGGAUAAACUUAAAGAAGAGUAUCGAUGUAAUCAAAAGUUCAUAAACACGUAUCUGGCGGAAAAGGAGGCAUUGAAAAAGGAGAAGGAGCGAUGGAAACGCAUGCAAAAAAGCGCAAUCAAGAUUCAAGCUUGGUGGCGAGGCGUUAUGGUGCGCCGGAAGUUGGGACCAUAUCGACUUGCGGAAAAAAAGAAAAAACGAUCAACUAAAAUAAAGAAGUAAUCUUCUUUCCGUUUUAUUUACCCCUUAAUGCUUGUACAGAUAUGAUCUUCAUCCUUCUUAGAAUAAUAUUUAAAAAUAAUAUUUUUUUUAUUUAAUUUUGUUUUGUACAUGUUUUAUCUUUUGUCGAUAUAUUCAUUAUAAAUAGAUACAUUUAAAAAAAUGUGUGAAAAAUGAAUUCCUAUUAGAUAAAAAUUUAAAAGAAAUAUUAAUUUAUACAAAUGUAUUAUAAUUUAAUUGAUUAUAUAAAAAUAAAAGAUAAAGA